AGAAUCAACAAUGUGAACCUGAGUCUAUGUCUGCGUCUGCGCCAAUUCUCUAUCCUUACUGUGUCGAACAGUACCUGGUAGUCCUUGAUCUGCUAGCACGCAUCCACCGGGACUGCACCCAAGGCAGGAACGUUCCUUUCAAUUGACUGACCGCCAGUGCACACACAUCAACCAGAUCAUCCUUCAUUGGGCAAAAAUCCAUUAUCGUAGUACAAUACUCCCCCUCCACCUUACCACUCCAUCAUGGCCGCUCCCAACCUCCCAACCCGAACGAAGACAAUGUCCGACUCCGACGACGAGGCCAUGCCCGACGGCGAUCCCUCGAGCACAGCUGGACUUUUGGCCGAGCGUCUGCAAGCGUGGAAACACAUGUGCAAAUAUCUCGAAGCAUACAUCACUGCUGUUGCAAAGGACCAAAAUACUAGGGCAAAAGAUCAGGAGAAGAUCUUAAAGACAAUCUCGAGUCCACUUCAAGAAGCGCAUCAUUUCGAUUCCGCCCUCGGUGGUAUCUCAGGCUUGUUCGAGAACCUCCGCGCCAACACUCAAGCUCAAUCCAAUCUAUAUACAGAGACAAGCAAGAGCCUGACUGGUUCUGUCCUUCCAAUCCUCGAGCGUUUGCAUCAAGAGAUCAAGAACAAGGCCAAAGAGCUUCAGCACGGAGCGGGCAAAGGUUCGAAAGCAGUGGAUGCCGCACGAGUGGCUUCACAGAAACAUAUCGACGUGCUAGCACAGCAAGCUUCUCAUUUCGACUCUAGCGGGGGCAAUACCAGCAGGAUUCCCGCAAACCAUGAUCCCUAUGUCCUUAGACGGCAAAUCAUGAAUCGUCUCAACAAGCAACUGCUGGAGGAAAACAACAACCGUCAAGAUUUGAUUGCUGUUCAAAACUCAUUCAAGCAAUUCGAGGCUCACGUCCUCACCACGGUGCAGUCAGCUCUGAACGCCUACAAUCAGUUCAUGGGUACUCAAGCAGAUCGCCAAAAGGCCAUGAUUGGUGAUAUUGCUGCGACUGCCAGCAACAUUCCCCUGGACUUUGAGUGGAGUGGCUUUGUGAAACGCAAUCAGCAUGUCCUUGUCAAUCCAAACGCUCCUCCUAGGACAAUGUCGGGCGCCUCGUUUCCGAAUGAGAAUCACCGUUCAACCAAGCCUUUGAUCGAAGGAUCUCUCGAACGUAAACCCCGCGGUGGUAUGGGCUCGAUUCGAGGAUACAGCACUGGAUAUUAUGCCGUCACACCAGCAGGGUUCCUGCACGAGUACAAGGACAACGAGAAUUUUCACAAGGAUCCGGUCCCGGAGAUCUCUCUAUUCCUACCAGAUUGCGUGAUUGGAGCUGUAGAUGGUCAGAAGUUCACCAUCAAGGGUAAAGACUCAUCGGGAAGCAAGAUUGGGCAGAAAAUGGCCUUGAGCCACGAUUUCCAAUUCAAAGCACAUACCAAUUCUGAUGCCCAGCAAUGGCACACCAUCAUUGCGAGCUUUGCCAACUCAGGAGGCAGCGUGCCGACAAGUCCCGGCGAGACCCAGAAGAUAUUCCCGCUCAACACUGCCGUGACCGAUCAGCAAACGCAGGGCGUGGCAAGUGGACCGACAAGUGCAACAUCGCCGCAGAGUGCAAAGACCCAAAGUGCUACGACCCCGGCAUCUGGGGCAUCUGGAGCAUUCUAUGGUUCGCCUGCAUCCCACAACUUGGAGGAACGCAAAUAUGUUGAAACACAGGCGGACAAACCGCUGUCUCAUGAGGGACUGGAACGCCAAGCAGGUCAUUAUCCUGGCAAGGCUUAGGAUGCGCUUGAGACAUAUGGUCUGGAAUGGCGAUAACUGUGCGGUCCACGCGGGUUUCUUUUCCACUUCUAAUGACGACAAAUCGAUACCCUUCACGAUAGCUUGCACUUCUACUCGUAGUCAUUUUCACUCGAUUCAACCCAUUCACCUUCCUGCGCCAGUUCUCACAUCUCAUUUGGAAUAAAGCAGUGGCCCUUAGCAGCCCGGGGGAGGAGGUGUGAUUGUUUGUGGGCCGAAGCUGCUGAGAGGUACAAGAUUGCCUGUAGUAUUCGCACUCAAGAGAUGCCAUUCCUAAC